AGUGUUAAAAAAAAAAACAGGAGACGGUAAGAAAAAAAAAGAAGAGAGAGAAAGAGAGAGAGAAGGGUAAGAAAAAUUCAAGGCGUGAGGUUGUCGGGAACCAAUCUGGAAGGAAGGAGAGGAGGGUGCAGAAGAGACAAAAGGAAGGAGAGAGAGAGAGAGACAGCGAAGACGAUGGCGAUGUUAGAGAUCAUGAGCAUUAUUGGGACAAUCAUGGUUCUUAUGCUACUCCUCCUCAUCAUCCUUUUCGUCUGCAAGCCAUGGCGCUUCCUUCCCCGUUCCCCUUUCUCUACCUUCAAGGUGGGGGAUUUGCAUAGACCGCUUGUAUCUCAUCAUGAUGAAUCUUUGAUCCAAGGCCAAACCAGUGAGGUCUCAAGGGAAUUUGAUUUAGAGGAAGCUUGCUUCCAAAACGAAGAGCUUUUGCGUUCUUCUCUCACUGAAGAACAUAUUUACAAACAAAGGCUUCCUUCUUCAUCUUCCCAUCUCAACCAAGGUGAAAGCUUUGAUCUACAAAUAAUAUCUGAACCUCCUGACAAUGCUUUGGUGGGGGAGACGCUUAAGCAUCCAGCUGAAAAACUUAGUUUCCAAGAGGAUAUACUUGAUUUGGAAAAGGAUAUACUUUCCGAGCUUCCUCCAAGAGUUGUUGUUAAAGAUCAAAGAAGUUGGUUGUCUCUUGAGGUCAUUGCCGGUCCUUCCGUUGGGCUUCAAUAUGCUGUGCACUCCACAAACACCUCCAAGCUUCCAGUGAAGCUAGGAAGGGUUUCUUCUGAUAUGAUAUUGAAGGACUCUGAAGUUUCAGGGAAGCAUGCUCAAAUAACAUGGAACUCUACUAAAUUGAAAUGGGAGCUGGUAGACAUGGGCAGCCUAAAUGGAACUCUGUUGAACUCUCGGUCAGUAAGUCAUCCUGAUCUAGGCAGCCGAAAGUGGGGUCACCCUGUCGAGCUUGCAAGUGAUGAUAUCAUAACUUUGGGAACAACUUCAAUGGUCUCUGUCCGUAUCUCAUCUCAGAAUGAGUUUCAGACACCGUUCAGAAUUGGUGUGGCCUCGGAUCCCAUGGCUGCACGUCGAGGAGGCAGGGAACUUCCAAUGGAAGAUGUUUGUUAUUACAAGUGGCCGCUUCCUGGUGCUAAUAAGUUUGGGCUGUUUUGUGUUUGUGAUGGACAUGGGGGAGCAGGGGCUGCUCAAUCCGCAAUAAAAAUUAUUCCUGAGGUUCUGGCGAAUAUUUUAUCAGACUCUCUGAAGAAGGAGAAAGUGUUAUCACAAGGAGAUGCUUCGGAUGUCCUGAGGGACGUACUUGUGAAAACAGAAGCUCGCUUGGAUGAUCACCAAUAUGAGGGUUGUACAGCUACUGUUCUCUUGGUUUGGAAAGACAGUGAAGAACAUUUAUUCGCACAAUGUGCCAAUCUUGGGGAUUCAGCAUGUGUAAUCAACCAUGAUGGGAGAUAUAUACAAAUGACUGAAGAUCAUCGAGUGACUAGCUUGACCGAGAGAAGAAGAAUUCAAGAAGCAGGGCUAUCUUUGAGAGAUAAAGAGACUAGGAUCUUUGGUAUAAACCUUGCGAGGAUGCUUGGAGACAAAUUUCCAAAGCAGCAAGACGGUCGGUUCAGCGCAGAGCCAUAUAUAAGUGAGCCUUUGCGUAUCGAUCAAUCUAGUAAAGAUGCGUUUGCUGUAUUGGCUAGUGAUGGGUUAUGGGAUGUGGUGAGUCCGAAGAAAGCUGUGCAGCUGGUGCUUCAGAUGAGAGAGAACGAGAGUAGUGCAGAGAAAAUAGCAAACGGUCUGCUGAACGAAGCUAGAGUGAUGCGUACAAAGGAUAAUACCUCCAUUAUUUACUUAGAUUUCGAUACUUCCUUGUAAUGUGUCUAUUAAUAUAUUUGGGAAGUGGUCUGUCUUUUGUGUAAAAUCUUCUUUUAUUUAUACAUGUGUUAGUAUCA